GAUUCGGACCCAUGCUUUUGGUUUCGCCACUUCUGAACACGUUUCUCUCGCUUCUUCUCUCUCUCGCCGUCGUCGUCGCCAAGUUCGUUUAGGUUUCGCGAUAGAAUGAUAAAGAGGAGGUUCUACAAGCUCGACCACGGUGAUCGUGAUGCCUCGGAUCCGUCGUCUUCAUCCUCGGACUCCGAGCUUGAAGUCGAACCUGAAGCCUCUGAAGAAGAAUUGGAUGACGAUGCAGUUGCAGAAGUGGAACCGAGCGAUGACGAAGCUGGUUCAACUUCUUCUGGGUAUAAAAGCGAGGAUAGUUCUGCGAAUGAUAUUGAUGUCAACUCAGCAGGUCAGCUAUUUAGUGAAGAUGAUGCUGGAGCUUUAAAUGAAAGACAAAUGCUUAUUAACAGGGAGUUGCUGAGUAAAUGUGAUACUGAAAAGUCUAAUGUCUUGGCUGAAAAGAACUCCUUACCUACAGAUUUGCCAUCCUAUGUCUUAAAAUGCAAAUCAGUAUUUAAGUGCAGGAUAUGUCCCCGAAUUGUCUGUUUAUCUGAGGACACUUUGCGGGAUCAUCUGCAAUCAAAGAGACAUGCUCGAUCUGAAAAACUACUAAAUGAAGGAAGACUGAAGGCUAUGCUCAACAGUGAUGGUGAAAUUGAGAACCAAGAAAUCGCAGAGAUUCAAACUAAAGAUAUUGAGGAUAAUGCUGAGAAGAAUCACAAAGGGCAGAAGCAGCAUAAAAAGAGAUUGAGAAAGAAGAAAAGUGACAAAGCAAAAACAAGGAAAAUGCCAUCAACGAAAGAACCAGCCAAGAGAAGGCGUAAGAAAUGACAGCUCUAAUCUGUAGUAUUCAGCAUUUCGUGGAGCAAAUUUUCCCGCCACUACAACUUGCUUUCGUGUGAAAGUCUGCGUAGUAAAUAUGCUCUACCGAUGGUGUUUUUUGAGCCCGCCUUCCCCAUCUGUUCUAUAUUUUCCUUUUCUCAUUCCCUCUUUGAUUUGUUCAACAUUGCCCUCUGCUUCCUUCAAUGUUUUUCAAGAGUAUUUAUUUUUGCUUUUGCCGUGGUAUACAAAUGUAACCGAAAUCAAAGUUGUCUUUUACUAAAUAGAUUAUCUGAGGUUAACUUUAUUUGUGAUUUGGUCAGAAAAUGUUGAAUUGUAUUACAUAUUGAACACGGACUGUGAUGCCUUAUAAGAAUCUAAUGAUAACGGUAACCGAAA